GUUUCCAUUCCCCCGCUCCCAAACAAACACAGAUUCAAUUUAAACCCCCCACCCAAAAACACAAUCAAAUCAUAAAAAUCAAAUUAAAAAAAUUAAACACAAAACUACAAAAUGAAAACAUUUUCUUCGUUAACAUCAAUUAACAAAUUCAUCCUCACUCUUCAAAUCCUCUUUUUCACUACAACAAUCACACUGAUCGCAAUCGCGGUCCAAUCCCUCGACCUCCAAGCGAUCUAUUCGGUCAUCCAAACAUGUCUCAAACCUCCGUACCUUUACCUCCUCAUUAACCUUAUAAUUCUCACAAUCGCUUUCACAUCAUCGUCACAUUUCCACACUCAAAACACGGAAACUAUUCAAUCUGAUCACCAAACGAAUAAUGUACAAGUUCCUCUGAAUGGUUUAGAGAUAUCGUCAGACAUGACGUCAUCCUGGAAUCCGUUACCUCAGCAGAUAAUAACAACUGAUUUGAAAUCGGAAGAAAUUGAGAAACCGCUUGUUGCUUCUAGAUUUGCUCAUCGGAAACAGCCCAUCAAAACUAGUCCCACUGAUGGUAAUAAAGCCCUGAAGGUAGCAAGGCCAAAGAAACAAGAAACAUUAGAGAGCACAUGGAAGAAAAUGACAGAUGGACGUCACGUGCCACUCACGAGACACCUUCGUAAAUCAGAAACAAUGGAAAACCAUCAUCACUCAGAGGUCUACGGUCUCGAAUCUCCCGAACAGAUGGCAAAAAAGAAAAAUAUUAAGGUGAUGAAGAAAUCUGUGACACUGAAAGACCGAACCAAUUACGAUAACGAGAACCAUCAGCCUCCAUAUCAAACGACGCCUUCUCCGGCUUCAAGUGGGAAAAAGCGGAAAGAAGGGGCGUUGAGUCACGAUGAGUUGAAUCGGCGGAUUGAAGCGUUUAUUAAAAAGUUUAAUGAUGAUAUGAGGCUGCAGAGGCAAGAAGAGUCUGUGAAGCAGUACAGGAAAUGAUUAAGACAAAUAAUGAAGAGAGAAUUUGUUACUAGCUAUUUGUUUGUUGUAUGUUAAUUAGUUGGGUUUAAUUACUAUUUUACCUACUAAUUUAUUUUAUUUUUUUAAAUUUUGGCAACCAUUGAAAUGUAUUGAUUGAUACCAGAUUUCAAACA